AUGUUAAAGUUUUACUCUUUUUUCAGCAUUGCCCUUACAGUAGGAGCAGUUUACAACUCUUUCAGUGCCUAUAAGCAAUUUUACCCAUCAGUCUUAUACCUGAGCACAAAUAAAAUAAAUAGAACAAUAUUAGUAAAUUGUGCCAUAAUGUUUAUUUCCAUUUUGAUAAUGAUGUUCUUAAAAAUUAUGUUCGGAAAAAUAAAGGAUGUCGAAAAAAUAACUGUGAUUGAUAAGACAAAGAGGAAAAUAUUGGAAGUAGCAUAUUUAUUAUUCUUCUUUUACGUGUCAUUAGAUUGGCAAUUUAUAUUUUUAAUACUAUGGCUGAUAGCACUAUCAAUAAUUCAUUGGAUUUCAAAAAAAAGAGCUGGAUUUUUGAUUGCAGAAUCCUCAUUAAAUUUUAGUGAUCAUGUCAAAUUGUUGAUGACAUUCAUCAUACUAUUUUAUAUUGAUAUCAAAGUAGCAAAUUAGAAUUAUUUUAGUUAGAUAAGUCUCUAUUUUUUUUAUGGAGCAGAGGAGAAAUUUUAAGACCUAUUGUUUAGUUUUGAAUUUGCACUUUUGCCAAUUCGAAUGGUUCUGCCAGUAAUAAAAUAUUUAAUGAAUCUCUUUGAAAUUCUAACCUAUUCCUAAUUCGAAUCAAAGCAAACUGUCUUUUCUGCAUUAGAAGUCUUAUCAAAAAUAUUAAAAUUAAUUGUAUAAAUUAUCCUCUUUCAACAAGUGUUAAACACAUAAGGAUUUUUGCUCAUUUUACUCGUAGAUAUUAUUGGAAAUUUGGUUGCUUUGUAUAAAAAAAUAAAAGCCGUUUAUAAUCAGAUUAAGCUAGUGAGAAUGAUAAAUAGGAUUUAAGAUGUAGAAAAAAAUGAAUCUCAUGAUUCCACAUGUUUAAUCUGUCUUAAUGAAUUAGAAAAAGGGAAAUUACUAUCAUGUGGUCAUGUUUUCCAUAGCAGUUGCUUAAAAACAUGGAUCUCAGGUAAUUAAAAUUAAUUUUGCCCUAAAUGCAAGUCCACAAUCAAAUUAGAGGAGACAAAACUUUAAUAAAAUGACACUCAGGAUAUAAGUUCGAAAAAAUAAAUAUUGUUGUAAGAAUUAAGGGAGAUACGAAGCAAUAUAUAAAUCUUAAAGAGUUUAAAUUAAUGUCGAAACUUACAAAAUAAUGUAUAGAAUACUUAAGGAAUUGGAAAUUUGUAAUAUGCAUUACCAUGUGAAGCUUUACAAUUUACUACUGGACUCAGUGAAAUCAAAAGACAGCAAAUGAAUUAUAUGAAUAAGAUUGUUAGAGCAAUAGACUAAGGGGUCAUUGGAAGUCAUUUGUUAACAAAAUGA